AAUAGCCAAUGAACGCUUUUGAGUCAUCUAAUCAAAGCACGAUAUAGUAUCGUUUUAUAAUGAAGUUUUCUGUUUCUUGAUGUUCGUUAGAACCGGUGAAUUAAUUACGCCGCAGUUUUCAGUUAUAUAAGUAAUAUAUAUAUAUAUAUAUAUAUAUAUAUAUAUAUAUAUAUAUAUAUAUGGGAUGAUAAGUAAGUAAAUAAAUUAGCAUAACCGCAUAACCUACGUAGGGUAUCAGCAUGAUUGGACUAUGCACAGACAAAACUACAUGUAUAUAUUAAGGGAGCCCAGGCCUCAGUUCUGUCAUAAACCGUGAUCUUUUCAUUAAGUUCGUUCAUCAUGAAGACAGGACAAUUUGUUUGCCUUCUUUUCUGCCUAGGAUAUGUAUCUGCCCAGGUAUUUAAGUUUGGAAGCUGCCCGAAUGUACCAGUACAAAGUGACUUUGACUUAGACCGGUAUUAUGGUACAUGGUAUGAGUUUGAGCGUUAUUUCUUCAUUGCCGAAUCCCUGUUAAAAUGUUCGUCAGCUACUUACUCUUCCAAGCCAGAUGGAACAAUCCAAGUAGUUAACUCCGGGGUCAAUUUUAUUACGGGCCGGGAUUCCUCGGUGACGGGCACCGCCUCAGUUGAUCCUAAAUUCAAUAACACAGCCAAACUGACAGUCGGUUUUGGAGGAUUUUCCAAUGGCCCAUACUGGGUUCUGAAAACGGACUACGACCAGUAUGUAAUAGUAUUUUCCUGUACUAAUAUACUGUUUGGAAGGGCGCACACUGAAAUUAUGUGGAUUCUUACACGUGAAAGAACCGGAAUAACUGAAGAAAUGAAAAAUGACCUCCAUCGAUACAUUAGACAAGUUGGCCUUGACCCCAGUAAACUUUCUCCCACUCAACAGACGAACUGUUCCUAGAUGACAAUCUACGAAGAAUAAUCGUAAUAAUUAUUGGUGUGGAAGCAAAAUUGACCCCAUAAAAAUUAAUGAAUAAAUGUAAUGAUGUAUAAUGUGAUGAAAUUAUUUGAUAUGAUACUAUGUGAAUUGGCCAAGUUGUGUAUCUUUCUAUCAGGUCCAUUGGUUGUUAUACACUCGUAAGGAAUUCACGCGAAUUUUAAACAAAUGAACACUGUAGCCACCAUUCUGUGGAACAAAUAUGAUCUAGAACAUCAAACUAAACGCUGUGUCAAAUGGGUUUUCCUACCGUACAGACAUGUUAGUCGUGUUACAUUUUUAUACAUAAUAAUAACCCUAUGGUACAUGACCUACAAAAGGAAUAAAAGGUCAAUGAACAAUUUCCUCACACGCAUGUGUAUAAAAUCCAAAAUGAUCACAUAAUAAUCAUAGUUGAAACAUUCAAGACAAACUGCCCGAAGUACUAACAGGAACUGAUCGUUGAUUAUUAUGUGAUCAUUUUGGAUUUUAUUCUUUUAAAUUAUUUAACAACUGUGCCGAUUUCUUCUUUCAUUUAUAUCUAUAUCUAUAUAUAUAUCUAUAUAUAUAUAUAUGGACUGUCGGGAUUGUAUUAUUAUAUCUGCGGGAGUUUAAUGUACACACAUGCACACGAAAGUAUGUACACGCUAAUUGAGUUAUGACACCGCUUACUGCAACAGAGUUUAUAAAAAAAAAAUAGAUGUAUGUACAUUUUCAAUGGUUUUGCCUUCGAUAUCUUCAAUAUGAUAUCCAUUUCCUCAUGAAUGUAAACGAUGGGCGUAUGAAUCUUAAUAAAUAUAGUGCGACUAUUUUAAAGGUUGUGAAUAUUCCGAGAAAAAUGAAUGUAAAAAUUAAAUCUAAAAAAUAAUUUUUUAUUUUUGAAAAUACAUCAGUACAUGAACUGCAACGCUUCACGUUGAUAUACGCGAUACCGUGCUUCAUGAAGUAUGCUGGCGUAAAACGCCGCAGUUCAUGUCCGCAUGUAUUUUCAAAUAUGAAAUUUAUUUCUUAAGUAUAUCUAUCUACCUAUUAAGUUUCACAACAGUCAAAUUUACUUUUAUGUUCCGACACUGUGUCCAUAAUAAGCAUUGAUCAAAAAUAGUUAACUCAUCAAUUUCUUAAAACUCAUAUUGUUUUAUGUUUAUGGUCAAAAAUAAAACUAAAAAACAUUUCUA